CGCGCGGGGCUGCGCACGGCAGCCGGCCAGCAGGCACAGGGGGAGCAAAGGCCCGAGACCCCGCCGGCGGGGCAGCGCUCCGCGGGGCAGUUCGCUCUCCCCGGGGAGCUGUGCGCGCCGGGCCCGGACAGGCCGGGCUCUCAGAUCAGGAGACUGACAAGUGGAAGACUGAAGCGGAACUGCAGAGCCAGGUGCCCUCGGCAGCAAGCCCACGCCAGCACAGCCGGGAGCGGCGCGGCCGCAGACUGCAGAGAGCCCAGGGGACAGCACACCCGCGCCCGUGCCACAGCUUCUCACACGCUCAACUGCGGCUCAUGUUCAUGCUUAAUUCUGCUCCCUGAAAACCAACUUUUAAAACUCGCUCCACGGUAAAAUGAACAAGCGUGGAGCCACGCACACACCUGUCCCCGUGGCCUCACACAUGGCUCUCACUUAUUCACACAACAAAAAAGAAAGCAAACAUUGGUUUUGGAAGGCGAAACCCAUACAGAAAUCCAUCUUUUGACCACUGAAAUCAGGGACACACUACUACUGUUAAUUACCGAAAACACUUAGGGGCACAAACCAUUUUUUUCUAAAACACUCAAUUCAUUUUUUUAAUAAAUAUUUGUAAGUUA